GGGGGCGUACCAUGUUCCUGUUUUUGCUGUUUUUAUCAAUAAUGUUGUGUUUUCCAUCACACGGGAAUGUCUUGCUGAUUGUUGGAGAUGAUGCUGGAUUUGAAACACAGGUGUACAACAAUACUGUUUGUCGUACUCCAAAUAUCAACUAUUUGGCCAAGAAGAGUGUGAUUUUCAAACAUGCCUACACAACAGUGAGUAGCUGCUCACCAAGUAGAUCAUCAAUCCUGUCAGGACUUCCACAACAUCAGAAUGGAAUGUAUGGUCUUCAUCAGGGUUACCACCACUUCAUGUCUUUUGAUGCUGUACAGAGUCUGCCAAGAAUAUUAAAACAUGCACAGAUAAGAACAGGAAUAAUUGGAAAGAAACAUGUUGGACCAGAAUCUGUCUAUCCAUUUGACUUUGCUGAGACAGAAGAGAAUAAUUCUAUAAUGCAAGUUGGGAGAAAUAUCACCAGAAUUAAAGAACUUGUACAAGAGUUUUUUAACACCCAGGAUACGAGACCAUUUUUUCUUUAUGUAGCUUUCCAUGACCCACAUCGAUGUGGGCACACACAUCCAGAAUAUGGAAAUUUCUGUGAGAAAUUCGGGAAUGGUGAUCCAGGAAUGGGGAUAAUAGCUGACUGGAAGCCGAUCCAUUAUACCGCACUGGAUGUGCAGUUGCCACCAUUUGUGCAGGAUACACCAGCAGCCAGAGCUGAUAUUGCAGCUCAGUAUACAACUAUUAGUAGACUGGAUCAAGGUAUUGGUUUGGUACUGAAAGAAUUACACAAUGCCGGACAUGCGAAUGACACCCUAGUGCUCUAUACAUCUGAUAAUGGCAUACCUUUCCCUAAUGGAAGAACCAAUCUUUACGAAUCUGGAAUGUCUGAACCGAUGCUGGUAUCAUCACCAACUCACAAAACGAGAUGGUCACAAGAAACCAAUGCCAUGGCCAGUACGUUAGAUAUUCUUCCAACCAUACUGGAUUGGUUUCAGUUGUCGUAUCCAAAAUAUAAGAUUUUUAAAGAAAAUGUGAAACUCUCUGGAAAGUCAUUACUUCCCAUUUUGAAGGAGGAACCAACGAGUGGUUGGGAGACAGUGUAUGCUAGUCACAAUUUGCAUGAAAUAACAAUGUACUACCCAAUGAGGGUGGUCAAGCAUAAAAAUUACAGACUGAUACAGAAUUUAGCUUAUAGAAUGCCUUUUCCAAUUGAUCAGGACUUUUACAUCUCGCCAUCAUUUCAAGAUAUCCUGAACCGUACCAGAGAUCACACUGAAACACACUGGUUUAAGACACUAAACGACUAUUACUACAGAUCUGAAUGGGAGUUGUACGAUUUAAAAACUGAUCCUCUAGAAACGCACAAUUUGGUGAGUGACAAGAGCUAUGCAGAUGUCUUGAAAAAUCUCAAAAAGAAGCUGUUGUCAUGGCAACUAGCAACUGAUGAUCCCUGGAGAUGUUCUCCUGGAGGAGUUUUAGAGGAUUCAGGUCCAUACAAGGAGAACCCACAGUGUAUGCCCUUAGAUAAUAGAUUAUAG